UCAUUCUGUACUUUGAAUGGCACAGCAUUAUUGUUUGUUAGCUAUACGCUACGAUAAAAAAAAUGGGGCAUUCUUUGUUUGCCAUGCUAAUUCUGUCGACGGCGAUUGUGAGCUUUGGACUCAAAGUAAAUGUUGUUCAUAAAUGGAAAUAUUGUGAGUAUGAAUGGGAAAGUGAACAGCAGAAGGAAGACGCGAUAAAUUCCACUUAUGACCCUUACAUGUGUGUGUUAAUCGAUGCAGACAAAGCAGAAGAUGGUAGAGUAUUCGUUACUGCGCGAAGAGAAUUAGGCCCUAGUGCACCUGCUACUCUGGCGACAGUAACUCAUAAGACAGGACCAGGAGGUCCACUUUUGCGUCCUUAUCCAAAUUGGAGUUGGCAUAAUAGUAGUUGUAUAUGUAAUGGUAUUGUGAACGUUUACCGAAUGCACAUUCAAUGCAAUCACAUUGUCAUUCUGGAUAACGGCAAAAUCGGAUCCGAUCAAAUUUGUAAUCCAAAACUGUUGAUCUUUAAUUUAAAGAACGAUACACUAGUUAAAAUAAUUUACAUCCCACUUGACAUUGCGACUGAUCGAACAGGUGCUGGACAUUUAGCAACGCCUAUUGUUUAUUAUCCUAAAACAUGCAAGCAGUUCCUGGAUGAAAUGAUUGUAUUUAUAUCUGAUAACCAAGGUUCCGGUUUAAUAGUUUAUGACUCAUCUAAAAAAAGUAUAUGCAAAAUCGAAUCUGAUUUCAUGAAAUCAGCUGAUGUUAUUGUCUCUGUAGCAGGCCAAAAUUUUACUUAUACAGGUGGUACCUUGAGUUUGACAGUCCUUGGCGAUGAUCUUUAUUAUGCUUCUAUAUCGGGAAAUAAAAUCUAUAAAAUAAAAAUUAAGACGCUACUAAAAUGUCCAAAUAAAAAAGAAGCUAACAAAAAUAGUAAACUUGUGAAAAGAAUUGCAAACCCAAUAUUACCAAUAGCAGCAGCGGAACAUGUAAUAUUUUACAGCAAUGUUCAGAAUAUGUCUAUACUAGGUACAAACAUUUAUAAAAAGUCUGAUGAAAAUACGGUGGUACUUGCGCAAGAUUCCAAAAAAUUGCAAUUGAUAACUGGGCUGAAAUAUUCAAGCUACUGGGACCAGCUAACGUAUUUUUCAGAUAGAUAUCAGCGUUUCGUUCUUGGUACAGUGAACCUUAACGAAAUACACUUCCGUUAUAUGGAAAUGGAUUUAGCAGACAUACGAGAAAAAACAGAUUUAUUUUCUAAAACCAAAACUACCAAGUCUUUGUUUUCAAUAUUUUAACAUAUCGUAACAAAUUCAAGCAUGAGCGAGUUCGGAAACAAUACAAAGGAAACUCGGAAACCCGAGGAAGAAAGCAAUCGUCGCGCAAUUCAGGGAGAUCAGGAGAGAAGAAAAACGCCGGAAGUGAACAGGACACGGAAGCGAUGGUUCUCGCCCCAAAUUCUGCUCGUUCACAAGUAAAGAGAAAAUCCAGGAUGGUGGUUUUGCAUUCACCGAGAUGAUCUCGAGGUAGCUCGCCGAAGAAAAUUGCAAGAAAACCAACUCGGUGGUAGAGUUUCUGUUUUUUCUCUGCCGUUUUUUUCACGAAUAAAUCGAAAGGAAUCGGAAAUUACCGGAUAACCGCGAUUAAUCCGAAGCGAUCUAACGUAAAAAGUCAUACGUA